AUGUCCUCCACAGCAGGCAGCUCCGUGGGCUUAAGUGGUCCCGGCGGCAGCGCCACGGACCUGCCCGGCUGCCCAGAAGUCGGCUGGGAGACCAGGGAAGAACCGGAGUCGCCCUCCCCGUCAGUCACAAGCCUGAAGCAGCUGUACCAUGCCCAGGAGCUCUGCAAUGCCACCUUGGUGGCCGGAGGGAAGCGCUUCUCUUGCAACCGGGCGCUGCUUGCCUCCGCCAGCCCGUACUUCCAAGCCCUCUUCAUGGGCGGCUUCAAGGAGUCUCAGGAUGGGGAGGUGCUGCUGAAGGACCUGGAUCCCUCCACCCUCCAGAGCCUGCUGGCCUUCCUCUACACGGGGGACCUGGACCCCAGCCCGGAGACGGCGGAAGGCCUCUUUGCCGCAGCCAGCCGCCUCCAACUCCUGCCUGCCCUGGAGCACAUCAGCAGAUAUUUAAAGGAGGGGCUCUCUGCCGAGAACUGCCUCCGCCUUUACAUGCUGGCCCACGACCACAACGACGCUACUCUGCUGCACGCCACCUUGCGCUACGUGGGCCUCCGCUUUGAAUCCCUCUUGGAGCACGGGGACUUCCCACGCCUCGACCUGGGCGCCCUGAGCCCCAUCCUUUCCUCCGACCACCUGGCCGUGGCCUCCGAAAUGGACGUCUACCGGGCCGUGCGGCGCUGGGUGACGGCCGAACCCGCCAAGCGCUCCCCCGCGCUCAAGACGCUGCUGCGGCACUUGCGUUUCCCGCUCCUGACGUCCGCAGAGGCUGCCGAAGUCCAGGCUGAUGUUGUGACCUUUGACCCCCGGGUGGAACUGCGGUGGGAGGACCUCGACGGGGCCGGGCGGCUGCGGGCCGGGCAAGGCCUCCGGCAGGGCAUGUACCGGGAAGAGAUCGUGUGCAUCAAAGUGCCGCGCUUGAAGGACAUCGUCUCGGCGAGCAGCAACAUGGACUGCUACGUGGAGUGCAUGGAUCCGGGCACGGGCUCGCGGACGGCGCUGCCCCCGUUAGAACUGUUGGCCCUCCCUGGCUGUGCCACCCGGGGGCACAGGCUCUACCUUUCGGGAGGGAAACUCUCCGACGGCUCCUACUCUCGGGCCUUGCACGAGUACGACUCCCUGACCCACGCCUGGACUCAGCUCCCCGGCAUGUCGACGCCCCGCUCCGUCCACAUGCUCCUCGCCUGCCAGCAGCAGCUCUUUGCCCUGAGCGGCUGGAACGAAUCGGGCCCUCUCGCCUCCGCCGAGAGUUUCGACACGGCACAGCAGGCGUGGUCGCCCGUGGCCAGCCUGCCUUUGAUCCUGCGCUUCUCCGCUGCCGCCCCCUUCAAAAACAAGCUGUACCUGAUCGGAGGGGACGUGGACUCUGACGACGAGGUCUACGAGGGCAUCCUCGUCUACGAUGUCCGCUCGGACAGCUGGGCGCAGGUGCCCCUGGGGUUCAGCCUCUACGGCGCGGCCGCCCUCACCACGGAGGCUGGGAUCUGCGUCAUUGGCGGGUUCUUCGACCGACAGGCCUCACCCCCGUAUCCAAGCCGGAGGUUCACCCAGGCUCUCCCGUGCACCCCGAGGUGCUUUCUCAUGCAGGAGGACGGGGUGGUGAGCGCGGACGUCACCGUCCCGCCGCUGCCGCUGCCUCUCGCCUUUGUCGGCGCCACUCUCUGGCAGGGGAGAGUGUACGUGAUCGGCGGCGUGUGCACCUCCAGAACCCACGAUGCGAUUUACCACUGGGGGCCCGGGGAGGCGGCCUGGACCCAGUACCCGCAGAACCUCACGGAACAGGGGAAGGUCGUGCGGAGGGUGCUGAAGUGCGUCACCCUGAAGGUACCGGAGGCCAGAGUGAAGGCCCUCUUGCAAGAGACCGCCGUCCGCCGGGUGGCCGUUGGGCUCGCAGGCCCCAGUGACUCUGGGGAGGGAGGGAAGGGGGGAGGAUAG